AUGGGUGAUGACAUGCCCUCAUGGACCGGUCCUCAAGGUAAGCGCUACAGAGGAAGACCGCUCAUGAGGUGGCAGGACGAAAUUGUCGAGACGGCGAGCUGUAGUUGGAUACAGAAGGCGCAAAAUAGGGAACGAUGGAAUCCUUUGGAGGAGGCCUUUACCCGAGGAGGGAUAACUUGUGUGUAUGAUGUGGAAUACAAACGUCUUAUUUGUGAUGAUUGUAUAGAACAGCUUCGUCGCUCAUUUUCGUUCAAAACUAUGGUGACCAACAAUGAAAGAAUGCUUAGGCAGUAUUUGGACAGUGUACAACACUAUGAUGCUUCAAAGCCAAUGACUGAGGUCCCCUUAAAUGUACCCGUGAAGCUCGAAGCAUUACCAGAAGAAGAUGACAACUAUCAUCAGGAUAACGGAAUGGAUGGCAGUUGUAGUGACAAUGAUGUACUUGCUGAUAUUAAGAUAGAAUCAAUAACGUGUAGUACAGAGGCUCCCAUAGGCACUAAAAUGCCAAAGAAAAGGAAAUCUCAAGAGAGAAAAGUGAAGAUGAAAAAAUGCAAAAUCAAGAGUGAAGAUAGUCUGAACCGAGAUGUAUCCAAGGAUUGGUCGAAGAUCGUUGAGAGACGAGGCAAUGGACCCUUACUCAGAGAGAACUCACUAAAGCUUCUCGCUAACUCAACCAUAUGCGUUUUCCAAUGGAACAAAAGCCGAUACCGAUGCUUCUGCUGCAAGGAACCAUUCUCGGACCUCAACUCUUUAAAAGAUCACACAAACUCUCAACACGCUAUAGAGGACAUCGAAAAGAAAAUAAUCUUACAACAAAACAGACUGGUCAAAGUUGAAGUCUCUUCGAUCCUAUGCAAAUUGUGUACGAAGCAACUGAACAGCUUGACCGACUUGAGGCAGCAUUUGAAAGAGCAUGGCUUAAGGUUUGUCCCCGAAGAAGAUUUACUUGUACCCUUCAAAAUCAAUGGACAGUUACAAUGCCAGUUGUGUUCGGAAAACUUCAGCGUAUUCCGGUUACUAAAUAUACAUAUGAAUAAACAUUUUCAGAAGCAAGUAUGCCAUAUUUGUGGUACCGGUUUUUCGAAUUUGGUGUUUCUGAAUCUGCAUAAGACUAGAUCGCACCGUCCGCUGACAUGUAAGCAAUGCGAUUUGGUCUUCAAAAGUAGAUCAGAGAAAAGGAGUCAUGAUGUCAACGUCCAUGGGGUGAAAUUUGAGAGGAAAUUACGGUUUCCAUGCCCGUAUUGCCAAGAACGGUUUUUCCAGGAGAACUUUAGAGUACAACAUUUGGUCGAGAAGCAUGGUAUGAAGAAGCCGGAACAUAAGUGUAGUGUGUGUGCUAAAGUGUUUAUAACAAAAAGUCUGUGCAAUAAUCAUAUUAAGAGUGUGCAUAUGAAAGAGAAGAGUCACGAGUGCGAUAUUUGUCAUAAUUUAUUUUAUACUAAGUCUGAUGUGAUGAGGCAUCGGGUCACCCACACAGGUGAGAAGAAGUAUGCUUGCUCUGUAUGUAAUAGUCCGUUUGCUACUAAAGAUUCGUUGCGGAGACAUAUGAAGAGGACACAUGUGGUGAUGAAUUAA